AUGCAACAACAUCAAGAUCCUUUUGAAGAGAAUUUUCAAGUCGAUAAUACGCAUCCGAGAAAUGAGGGAGCCCCCCUCAGAAAUAGCAGUGAUGAGGACGAUGAAACUCUAAAAUUGAGAACUACCAGCAACGCAUACACAACGCUUCAUUCUCAUCUGAAUCCUACGCAAGAAAAUAGAAUACAGAAAGUCGUAGCUCAGCAUCAUCAUAAUCAUCAUCCAUUGAAUCAUCCCUCACACUUACAUCACUCAACCCUUAAAGGCACAACAUCCUCAACAUCAACCACAUGGAGCAGCCUUAUUGGAACACCCAAAAAACUUGAACGAAGCUUUGCGACCACAACAACCGUCUGCCUCAAUUAUUCGGACAACUUCAUCCUCAACGAUUUAUGUUCAGAACAAACCAAUAAUAAUAACAACCAGCAACAACAGCAGCUCAGCACCAAUAAGGCCUUACCUCCUCAUACACGAGAAGCAUUUGAUGAUGAAGAAAAGAAAGAACACAAAGAGGUUCUUCCAAUUCCAUUAACGACUAAGGUACGACCUCCAACCAUUCGUCCACCCAAAACUGGCUUUGCUCGUGUUCAGCAACAGACUGAGCCCGAAUUACAACAUCAACCUCCUAACUUUUUGAAUGAUUAUGCCCAACAACGAAAGAAGUUUUUACUCGCCCGAAAUGAAGUAUCCACUGAGAAUUUAGAAUUGCUCUCUUCAUCGCCUCCAGAAACUCCAUUGGGAGCAUUCACUUCUAGCGACUCUUCUUUGAGCCUUAAUAGCCCGAAUUCUCCCCUUCAUCAUCACAACGAUCGAAAGUACACGCUAUUAGAUCGAACUACAGCAAUGUAUUUGAGGAAACGUGAUUUGGUAAUGAUUGUGGUGGAUGAUGAAGAGCUGGGAAUUACUGGAAGUGCCUUUGUAGAUCCAUACUUGCAUGGUAAAAUAGGUAAUGUGUUGACGAUCAAUGAGGACGAGGCGAAAAAUUCAGCAUCCAUCGCUUCUAUGCAAUCGGUGGACAUGAACGUUCCUUUGGUAAAAUUUAAACAUCGAAAGAAGGUGUGGGUUCCAAAAUUCUGCUUAUGUUUACAAACAGAAGUAUUGCGGAAGCGAAUGCAAAAAGAGCCUUCACACAUUCCAGACCUUUUCAACAGCAAGUAUGACAGUGGCGACGAAGAUGAUGCAAACAGUAGUAGUGGUUACGAUGAUGACAAUGGUUAUGUAUUUCUUCAAACAACAUCCAACAAAUCUCAAGAACAGUCCACAGGGAUUAAAACCACCCAAACUAACCCUUGCGGGCAGCAAUUGGAAUCAUCUCCUUUCAUGAAAGUUGGUUAA